AUGAACGUGUCGUUAUUCUUAGUCAUCCUGUUGGCUGCUUUUACAUGUGGAGGGAAAAAAAAGAAGAAGGGAAAGGGAAUUAACAUUCACAAUAUUUUCCAAAGUGUGAUGCGCACACCACCGAAGCCUGCAGCUCCACUGACAACAACAGCGCCGCCGACAACAACCGCAGCUUCAACAAUCGUAGGACCAACGAGAUCUGAUUCCCGCGAGUACACGGUAAACUAUGAACCAUAAUCAUAUUUUAGUAGUACUAGAAGUAACGUUUUGUUUGUGAGAACCUAUGACAAGGCUAAAGAGUGGGUGAGCUUGAUCAUGAAUUCGAAGUUGCGCAGUGCAAUUUGAGACUUUAUGCGGAUAAGACCACGAAAAGUAUUUUCACAUGUAGGUAGCGUGCAAAUCAGCGCGCCGAAUUACGCUAAUUCGGGAGUAUGCUUGGAUAAAUUUCGAGCAGAGUAGCGAUUUUUGAGGAAAGCAUUCUUCCGGCAGAAUGAGGCGUUUUCAAGCAGAAUUUGAGCAGAAUAAGGGAAAAUCAGCGGCACUAAUGAAAUGCAUAGCCGGUUGUAAGAAAAAUUUAAAACUAAAUAAAAAACAAAUAGAAAGAAGGGGGUUGUUGUUCGAAACGUCAAUUUCUGAAGGGUGCAAUUACAAGAAUAAAUUUCUGAAGGGAUAAAGGGAGAGAUGCAUCGUCAAUAUAGGCGUGGUGAAUACAGUUUUUGUAGUGAAGGAUAAGCCAUUUUACGAGCAGAAGUUAUCCAAGCUUAUCCGGGAGAGGACGAUAUACGCGCAAGACGGAGAGAAGAAAAUGAUUUUCAGCGUCUUACACGCGGUUUCAGACCCAUCGUUUGAAAAAAUGAGUUCCAGUAAGCAAAAAAAGAAAAAACUGUACACAAAUUUUCUGGAGGUUUCGGUUGCAACAUCAAAACUAACCAACAAAAGUGAAAGACAUAAUGGGCAAUUUUUGAAAAGUGAACAAAUCGAAUUGGAGUGGCACGUCAGGAGCCAGUUUAAUCAAAAACUUUUACAAGUGUGGCUAUUAGUGAAAUUAGAGUCUAAAAACAACAGCUAUACAAUCGAACCCCACUUUACUGAGACCCACUUGAUUACAAACACUUCACCAUGUCUAUAAUCCCAGGGCUAUGGACACCAAAGAAUGGUUUUUGAUUACCUAAUGUAUAAUGAGUGACUUUUUGAGGCUUUUGAGUGUUUUCAUGGACAUAGUCCGCAGGGGCGAAUAACAGCAUUGUGAAGGUUAAAAGUGUCUUGUUUGACAUCGCUAGUGUCCUGUUUUAUUUCUUUUGUCAGUAUUUUAUUCAAAUUAAAGGUUGUAUCUUUUAAUUAAAUAACGUAACACGCUAAUGUGUUUGACUGUACUUUAAAUUGCCUCUAAGUGUUAUUGAAUUGACCCCAUAGUUCAUUUUUCAUCAAUUAGCUUUCAUAUACAGCACAACUUCCUUCUAAUAAUGGACAGCAGUCCUGUCCACCCAAAUCCAAAAAGAUUUUUGAAAGCACAUAUUUUUUUAUAUGAAUACUGGCCUUCCUUCCACAUCAAACCAGUGAAUAUAAGAGGCCUUUUGCAGUAGCUGAUCACAUGAUCAACUCUCUGGAAACAUGAAAACAGUUCGCUUUGAAAGAAACGAUGUUCGAAGAAACUGAAAGGGCGUUUACAGUAGAACCCGGCUAACUUGAACUUGGAUUACUCGAACUCCCUGCUAACUCAAACUAACUCCAAAUUCCCUUCGAUGCCACUCAACUUUUCAGUCAUUUUUACUUGUUUAACUCAAACUUGGAUAACUCGCAUUCCCUGCUAACUCGAGCUACCCAGAUCUGGGUAGUGAUGCAUGAUCAGUACGGAAUUUUUGCCCUCGUUUCUCAGACAUCAUGUGGCAGGGAAACCAGUGGUAGUGUCGGCAAAUGUCGGCUGUUUUCUCAGGCUAUGUUCUCACAUCUUUGAGAAGUAUCCUAAGCAAUAGUCAUGGCUAUAUCACAGGUAGAUUGGCUGUAUAUAUAGGUAAUGCUUUAAAAAAGAAAGUUUAAGAGAGACCAGUGCUUCAAACCAGUGAAACCCAGUUUUUUAUGAGAAAACUAAGAUUUUCUAGUGGCCAAUUAAAGCAAAAUUUUCUCCGGCUGCUGCAAGAGCACAGCAUUGGGCUAAUAUGUUAGAACAAGGAUUUUUCAAAAACUUGCAAGAUACCUACACAAAUAUUGAGACAGUACACUACCACUCUGUCGUAUGAGUUUUGGUGUUGAUCAUAUUUUAGUGAGUUCUGCACCCUCCAUUUUAAACCCCCUUUCAAAAAAUGCCAAAACUACACCCCUGGUAUGUUUACUCUAAUCAAAUGUUACUGCCCUUGUUGCGAUAUGAUUCUACCAUAUUUUGGAUAAUAAAUUAUUGUAACCAGAGAUUCCAACCCUGUCAACUAAAAAGUGAGGUUUUAGGAGUGGCAUAGCCCCUCCCAUGAGCACCAAAGGGGGAUCUAGGGUCAUGCUCCCCCAGGAAAAGUUUUAAGAUAUGUGCCUCUAAGAUGCCUUUACCAGCAUUUUGAGACCACAAGUGAACGCAAACCUAGUACAAAGUUGAGGCAAUCCAGUGUAUUACCGCACCCAAAAUUAUCACAGGCUCAUGCUUGAAUGCCAUAAGGAUAAAAAUGGCUGAAAAAUCCCACAAAAAAUAAUCGCAAAGAAUCGUGCUAAAAAGACUGGUUAAACAAAAAAAGGAAGAGUUUUAAAACCGGGAGAAUAUUAAGUGAAAACGAGAGGUUUCAAAGCGGGAGGGUUGGAGUCUCUGUGUAACUGAUUGUGGUUGUGGUGUUUCCGCACUAUACUAAUACCAACUUUGCUUCUAUAGGGUGUAGUCCUCAAAAGUUUCAACACAUCAGACAUUAAAUCGGAGGAGGAGCUUUUCCAAAUGUUAAAUAUAUCCCUUCCUAAUGGUAACUAUACAUCUAUAUUCUUUAUGAUGGCUCAUGACUUUGCACCCUAAAAUGGAGAAUUCUAAGUAUAUACUUGCCAACAUUUUUUCAAUUUCAGUUAGUCCAUGACAAUUUUAGAAAUUUGUGCCCCCCCCCAUACUUUCACUUCUUCUUCGUUCAUGACUAGUAUAGGGAGUUCAAGCAACCACAAUGUUGAUGGGGGCAAAAAUAUCUCUUACCAAGUGAAUUUGUGCUGUUUCAAAUGUCAUCAGUAUUAUUCUUUCUCAUUCAAUUUGUCAAAUGUUGGGAAUUUUUUUUGGAGCUGAUUUCUAAAGGACUGCAUUUAAGUGCAAUAGGCAAACAAAAUGAAAUCUUAUAAGCUCAUAAGUGUUUGGACCAUUGGAGUCCAUUGGAGUUAAUUUGGAAUAACACAGUGUGCUGGGAGAGUUACUGACAAGUAAUUUUUUUCUUCUAACAUCAUAGGAGGUAACUCUCAAAGUGGAUCGCAUGGCAGUUCAGGUAAGUAAGCUUACAGGACGAGGUCAUCUACGAGAGAUUCUGAUUGUAAGGCUUUGACUGGGAAAAUUUUCUGGAUAAAGUUGUCUCUUAUGGGAGGUGGAGGUUGGCACAUGAAGGUUCAACUGUAGUUUUGCUCAAAAUAAGGAUGAUAAUUCUUUUAGCUAGCAAGUAUCCCCAACUGGUUAAUAAGUGUGACAGAUGAGACGUUCUAGAAUGACCAGUGGUAGGAGUAUAAUGUUACUGGUCAAAAUUAAAUCCCGGUUAAAGUUUUUUAACCUAGGUUGAUUCUCAGUUUCCUUUGUCUCUGAUCUAGCUAGCACAAAGAUCAAGAAUCAACAUAGGUUAAAACGUUUUAAGCUGAAUUUAAUUUUGACCUGUAACAUAGACACGCAAUGUGUGCGUGGCCGACCGUUUAACACCUCGAACUCCAGAUCUAGAGGUCUGGGGUUUAAGCCUCGUCCACUGCGCUGUUUCCUUUGACAAGGAACUUUACUCCACUUUGUCUCUCUUCAAUCAGGUGUACAACUGUAUAAAUGGGUACUGGCGUCAUGCUGCUGGGGGGUAACCCUGUGAUGGACUACCGUCCCAUCCAGGGGGGGUGGGCAGGGUUCUCAAUAGAAGGCGGCACCUGGCGAUUGAUUUCCGCUUACUUUGGGAUUUAUAGCCGCUUACUUUGUGUUUAGGUCGCUUUUCUUUGCUUUGUUUUGACACCUCUGGCUUUGCUGAAGAGCCUCCUACUUUAUCAGUGAUCACCUCCUACUUAAAACUCUCUUGAGAACCCUGGGUGGGGGGCAGCAAUACUCCUUAAUUGGCAUGAUUCAUGUUAAGGAAAGAGGGAUAAGCUCCAGCUGUUUUCGACCUCUUUACCUUAUCUUUUACCUUAUCUGUAAGAGCAAGGGCGUAAAAGUUUGCCGAAUGCAGUCAGCAGUGUCUAGUGCUCCUCAAUUUUCAAGAUAUAAGUAACAAGAAUUCCUGGAAAUAGGCCCCUAAACUGGCCAUGAGUAGUCAAGAACUCGUUUUAACCCUUUAAAUCCCAAUAGUGAUCAACAUCAAUUUUCUCCUAAAGAUAUCCAUAGAUUGUCGAGAGAAAUAGUUAUGAGAAUUAAUAAAAUGAUUAACAGAGAGAAGAUGCUUUGAUCUUUUAUCAAAUUCUCUUUACUUAUUCUUUAUGGAAAUGAAUAGAGAUCAGUUUGGAGAAUUUGUAAGUGGAUAUUGGGGCCUAAAGGGUUAAAGCUUAAUAGCUUCUGAAUUAUUUUUUCAUGUUAGCAUGCUCCAAGUGUUCAAAUUCCUCACAAAUUCACUAUGCUUGAUGAUCAGACAAAUAAUAAAUUGAUACAAUUAUGUCACAUUUCCAAUCUAGCUGGGUUAAUGAAUAUUCAGUAUGGUAUAUUAGAGCAAGCUUUUCUAAUAAACUUACCACAGAGAAGUUCUCUUGCUCCCUCUCCCUCCCCCAUUUCUUAUUUCAGGUUUUUUUAAAAAAAAACUGGUUACUAAAUUUACCUUUUGGAAUUGGCCACACUUUGAUAAAUUUAGGCAAGCAUUUUAUAUGCAUUUUAUAAAUGUGAACGCGAUCAACCUAUAACAAAACUGUCAAUAUCCGUGGAUAUAUUCUUCUCUAGAAGAAGCAUUUGAGUUUUGAUGGAGCUCAUUUGCAGAUGAACACAAAACUUUAUCAAAAUCAACCAAGAGAAACAUAAAAUCCAAUAAAUUUGCGUUUGGAGCCCCAUAACUGCCGGAUGAAUUAUGUAAACAUAAAUUAUUGUCAUCAGACAGUAUGGAAUUUCUGUCGCUGAGGCGCAGACAUCUCUCCUGGCAAAACCUCCCAAGUGGCAAGGAGUGAGAAUUUUUUUGCAGGCUAUGAUUCAAGUUGUGACAGAGUUUUGAUGAUAUCAUGUUUUCAUAGGUUCUUCACUGGCGUGUUCACAAGUGAGAUGUUCUGCACGGCCAAUAGCAGUGAGACUUCCAGUUGAAUCCUAUGGCUAUGGGUAUUCAGUACAUCCACAUUGUGCAGUGGUGAACCGCUGUGGUGGUUGUUGCUAUGUAAGAGCACAUUCUUGCAAACCAACUGCUACGCGUAUGAAACCAGUUAAUGCUUAUCUUAUAAAACUUGGAAUGAAUUUGGAGAGCAUGACACGUAAGUAACUUUUGUGUUCAUAAGGCCUUAAUCAAUCUUUCAAGUGCAGAACUAUUGAGGAAAAUUGACAAAUUUUGUCAUUGUUCACUACCAUAUCUUACCAAGAGCGAUGCCCAGAGAUUUCAUCACCUUCGUCAACUUCAGAGCCCUCAAAGUCCCAAUAGUGACCAACAUCAAUAUUCUCCUAACAAUAUCCAUAGAUUGUCAAGUGCAACAUCUAUGAGAAUUAAUCAAACGAUCACAAAGAGAAAAAUCUCUGAUUUUUUAUCAAUUUCUCCCAACUAAUUCUGUAAGAAAAUGUAUAGAGAUCAGUUUGGAGAAUUUGUUUGUGGAUAUUGGGGCUUAAAGGGUUAAAUGGGAUGUUCAUGACAUUAUCAGCCACUUUCUUUGCCUGCUAAAUGUUGAUAGGCCACUUUUAAGUUACUAUAUUUUUACCUGGCAUAUGUGGAGGGGAAUCCCAAGGAAAACAAACAGAAUUUGUUUCUAGAAUCACCAAAAUGGUGACUUACCUUUUGAAGGGGCCUGAUACUUAAUACGUUUGUUUGACCACAUUAUAUUAUCUGUCCAAAAAUUAUCCACUCCUGGAAGAGCGCGUAUAUGCACGCUUGCGUAUAAAAGGGUUGGAGGGGCUGUAGACAGCCAUGCCCAAAUUCUUUUAAAUGCCAAUAUUGUCUAUUGUUUUUUUUUUGCAUUAGAAAAACUUUUUUAGGCAUACAAGUGUCACCAAGAAACCAAAUUUAAUUGACGGACUGUUGUUUUGAACCUUGGUAACCAAUGAUAAAUUGGCUAUCCUACAAUUUUUAAGUGGAGAAAUGUUAACUUGGGAAAACGUUUGGUCACAUUUUAUUUGUCCCAGAGUUUUUGUGUUUGAACAGAACACUGGUUACUGUAGGUUUGAUGAUAUGAAUCUGCAGUCUUCCUUUCUCAACAGUUUUAGCAGGCUCUAGCUUUACCUUCGAACACAUAGUAGUUCCAGUUGAAGAACAUCUUAAAUGCGACUGUAAUUGCACGUCGUCAGCGGCGACAUGUGACAGCAAUCGACAAGAUUGGGACAAAGAUAUAUGUGGUUGUGUCUGCAAACGUCAAUAUCAAAAUCUGGACUGCAAAGCACCUUUUAAGGUAAAUAUUAGUUACAAGUAUAAAUUGUGUAUAUUGACCUAAAAAGAGAUUUAAAAAAAAAAAAAAAAACUUGACGUUUUAAGUAACACAGUUUACACUGGUGAUCAAAAAAGUUUCAAAAACUAUUGUGGCCCACAAAUUAGGACAGAAUCAAAUAUUUGCAAAUUAGCAUCACAGCUAGGUGAGGAUUUUAACUGACCAUAGCCAUAGGCAGACCAGGUGUCUAUUUUACAAGUAUACCCUGUGAGCAGAGCCUCUAUAUUUCAUAGGCCUUUUGCAUUACAGGUAGUUGAUCACAUGAUCAACUUUCGAUAAACAUGAAAACAGUUCGCUUUUGAAAAAUUUUGUUAGCACGAGCUCAAAGAACAUAUUAAAAUGAGAUUUGAGCCCCCCAAUGCUUAAUUAAGGAACUAUUUCAUGUCAGUUUGAAAAUUUCGAAUUUUACGAGGAUUUGUAUGGAAAACCAGUCAAGCGUGACUGGGUGGCAAAAGUUGUUUUCCUCAUUCAAAUCCUUCUAAUUUUCAGAGGCCAUCACAACUGCUACUUUUGAGAUAUACGGCUAAAAAUUUACAGGUUACAGCUAAUUUUAAUAUGCUCUUUCAGCUUGUGCAAAUAAAACAUUUCAACAGUGAACUGUUUUUGUGUUUCCCAAAAGUUGAUCACCCGAUCAACUAAUGCAAAAGGCCUAUUAAGCCUGCUGUAUCAAGCGCACAGCUAUUAGGCCUGGGUUCAAAACUAUAUCCUAGCAACAUGUAGCACAUGCUCAACAGAGAUCUUGCUCGACUUCUGCAGUCUUUUCUUGAGUACACCAAAAUUGAUCAAGCGAAGGAAAGGCUAUCUCUGCUGCCAGGGUGUUACAAGCAUGGCUUAGCAAUUGAUUUUGGACUGAGUGAGGCAACCAAGUUUAAAUCCAGGCCCCUAAACCAUCUAAACCUGUACUUGUACUGUGUUGUGAAGAAUUACUUUACAGCCAAUUAAAAAGCAAUACAAUUUGCAUAAUUUCAGGUUUUCAUAAUUUAAGUUGAAGAGCAUCUCAACUUGUAGAAACUGCUAUGUAGGUGUUUGUAUUAAAAUUACGUAAAAGAAGUCUGGACUACAAGCAGUCUACAAAAUGAGUAAGAAAAUUACCAGUGUAGUUACAAUUCAGUUACACAAAAUAACUUUAACACAGUAUUUCUGUAUCAAAAGUACCCUCAAGGUAACAAAUGACUAUAGUUUGCUUAAACAACAAUGGGAUUAGCUCAGUUGGGAGAGCGCUUGAAGUUGCAAAGCAGGAGGGCCUUCAUGUGGCUCAGAUGACCACGCAAAAUGGCGGCGUCGUCUCCAGUAGGGGACAUAAAAGUAGUGUCCACAAUUAUAGCUCUUUCAUGCUGAGUGCAUUAACACUCAAAUUAAGCACUUUUCUUGUAAUUCUUUUAUUUAUUUACUUAUUUAUUUAAUUUACAUAUGUUUUUGUUAUAGUAUGACCGUGGAACAUGCAAUUGUGUGUGUGCCAAGGCAAAGGAAGACUGUCCACAUAAUAUGAAAUGGGAUGUCAAUGAUUGUCAAUGUGUGUGUAAGAAAGAUAUCAAGUGUCCACCAACUAAAUCUCCUGACCCAAAUAACAACUGUGUGUGUGCAUAA